UAUAAUUUAACUUGUGUUGUGCUAUAAAUCGUCACGUAUGAAUUUAUCAUAUGUACCAAACUUGAAAUGCGGCCAAAAGAAUAUGUGCGCUGUUUUCCCAAAAUAACUCAUUAGAAGUUUAGUUUCGCGCUGUCUAACGCAGUAUACUGCCGCCCCUGAAGAAUAAAACGAAUAAAUUAGUAAUUACAAGGACUAUGAGCGCAGAUGCAGCAUCAUUACCCUGUCCGAUAUGUUUUCAAAGUGGCGUUUUCGAGUCAGUGCAAUCACUCAGGGAUCGGUUAAUACACGUGUCUACUAACAAAAUAUUAUGCCCUGUUUGUCAAGAAGAGGUAUGUGGGCUAGACAAAUUAACUAUUCAUUUGUUUACUCAUGUAAAGUUAAUUAAUACAAGGGAUUUAAGCGAGAAAAAUAAUGAAUUAACUGAAACCUGUAAACCAAUAAAAGCAAACAUUCCAGUCACCUCUACUCAACAGAAGAAAUCCAGAACGUCGACCGCUAAAAAUAAACCAUCAACAUCUACGGCAAAUGCACCCGUGAAAUUUGUCAAGAUAUGUCCAAAGUUGCCAGUAAUGCCCGCAAAUACGGCACCAGUAUUAUUAGACACGUCACGCGAACCGGCUGAAGGUGGAGUUCAAGAGGUGGUACUUAAUGUAUCUUCGAUUAAGAAGGAAAAGUCGCAGUUGCAAGCCAACACAACCUGUGAUAUUUGUGGUAUCCAAUUCGUCGACGAAAUAAUUCUAAGAAUGCAUAGAUGCCUCAUACACAAUAUUGACGAUAAUUCUAAUCACAGCAUUUCAAGAUAUCAAUGUCAUUUAUGUCCAAAAAACUUCAAGAUGAGGGGAUCCCUUAUGGUUCACUUGCGAGUAGCACAUUACGGAUUUCAGUCCGACACCAGCGGCGCGCAAACCGACACAGCAAACGAAGCUGGCCCCGGCAAUCACCAUUUGGCUGCAAACGAUAAUCCUAGCAAUUACGAGAGGAAUGACAAUAAACAAUGGCAAUGUGAUGUUUGUCGAAAAUGUUUUACCACAAAAUAUUUUCUGAAAAAGCAUAAGCGUCUUCAUACAGGUGAAACGCCAUACGCCUGCUCGCAGUGCAACAAGACGUUCACGUUCCAGCAGUCGUACCACAAGCACCUGCUGUACCACAACGACGACAAGCCGCACACGUGCAGCUACUGCGGCCGCGCCUUCAAGGAGCUGUCGACGUUGCAUAACCACCAGCGCAUCCAUACCGGCGAGAAGCCUUUCUCUUGCGAGACCUGUGGUAAAUGUUUUCGACAAAGAGUGUCAUACCUCGUUCACCGACGCAUUCACACUGGUGUUAUGCCAUACAAAUGCACAGCUUGUGACAAAAGUUUUCGCUAUAAAGUAUCACAGAGAACUCAUAAGUGCCAGGCUCAGCCACCAGGUACAGUAGUAAGGCAGAGUGGUAAUUUGGUAGAGAAAUUGAAAAGAAUACAUCCUGAACCAUCUUCGUCACUUUCAGAGUUUCCAAAAGAAAGUUGUGAAAAUAUAAAAUACCACCAAGUUUCAGAAGCUAACGCAGAAUUAGUACGGACGGGGGCGAAGCUUUCAUUAGAAGACACAGAAACUGAUCAUUUUACUUUAAUCGCAGAAGCAUUCAACGAAAAUAUUAAAAGUUCUAUAAAAGAGGUAAAUGAUGAGCCUAACAUAAUGUUACAUGAAUCCAAUGGUUCUGUAAUAGACAAAAAUAUUCCUUCGCCAUCGGAAACCUUCAAAAACUUAUGUUUGUCUAAAGAAGAUGAUUAUAAUGGAGUUCAACAAGAGAAAUAUGAAGGAGAUUAUGCUAUGUAUAAAGAGUUUAACUUAUUCUUGUAAUGUGAUUGAUUAACAAAAGUACUUACUGAAUUCCUAUUAAGUUUAUUAAAAUACAUUUAAC